AUGGCUCCCUCAGCUCUCGCAGAUAUCUAUCCAAUCCCAACGAGGCACUACUCCAAGUCCUCGACUGUCGUAGCUUCGGUCUUACAUGGGCCAAGGGAUUUGCGGCUCGAAACUCGUACCAUUACGGAUCCCGCCGCCAAUGAACUCCAGAUCGCUAUCAAGGCCACUGGACUGUGCGGAAGCGAUUGUUCCUACUACAGCAAGUUCUGCAACGGUGAUCUGCAGGCUUGCGAGCCGUUGUCAUUAGGCCAUGAGUCUGCUGGGGUUGUGGUUGCCAUCGGCGAGAGUGUUACCGGCUACCAGAUUGGCGAUCGUGUUGCUCUGGAGGUAGGUGUGCCGUGCGACAACUGCAGGUCAUGCCAACGCGGACGCUACAAUCUCUGCCCGAAGAUGAGGUUUCGGAGUAGCGCCAAAUCUGUGCCUCACUUCCAGGGGACGCUUCAGGAACGCAUCAACCAUCCCGCGAAAUGGUGCCACAAACUACCUUCGCAUGUUUCCAUGGAAUCGGCUGCGCUUCUGGAGCCUCUUUCUGUUGCGAUCCAUGCAACAAGAAGAGCCCAGAUCGAGCAGGGUGACACGGCCAUUGUUUUUGGCGCAGGCACAGUCGGCCUUCUGACAGCUGCGAUGGCUAAGGUGUCUGGCGCCACAACCGUUGUCAUCGCAGACAUCGACUAUGGGCGAAUCAACUACGCCUUGGCGAACGGCUUCGCACACAAGGGCUAUAUCGUGACCCCGCAGAAACAUGGCAACGAGACUGCUGAGAAGUUCGCCGUAGCCAAGGAAUUGGCUGCCGAUGUUAUGCAGAUUGCAUCCCAGAACGAGCCAGACUUUGAAGGUGCUGAUGUCACCUUUGACUGCACUGGAAAGGAAAUCUGCAUGCAAGCUGGACUAUACGCGACAAGGCCUGGCGGCAAGCUCAUCAUGGUCGGAAUGGGCACGCCAGUUCAGACACUACCCAUGUCAGCAUCUCAUCUGAAAGAGGUCGACAUCAUUGGCAUCUUCCGCUACGCCAACACCUACCCCACUGGUAUCAAGAUCUUGUCUGCCGGUGUACUUCCGAGUCUUGACAACAUGAUCACUCACAGGUUCCAUGGGUUGACAUCGACAAAGGAAGCUUUCGAGCUCGCGGGCAAGACGGUCGACAAAGACGGCAAGCUUGUUCUCAAAGUCCUCGUCGAGAUCCUAAGCAAGCUCCCUACCAAGACCAUAUCAUUGCAAUUGCCUCGCUGCUCGACUACCACUCCGACCUUCUACCACGAUCUCGACCAUCGCGAACCCCCAAACGCGACACCGAACUACACUGCAGCAAACAUGGCCGAAUCAUCAGGAAAUCCACUCGUUUCGACCACCCGCGCCUCUGACGCAAGUCCAACAGUACAACUUCACCCGCUGGUACUCCUCACAAUAACAGACUGCGUAACACGGCACACACUACGACAGCAGACAGGACCAGUAGUCGGAGCCAUACUAGGCGCGCAAGAUGGUCAGAAUAUCACGAUGGAGGUUGCUUUCCAAGCAAAGCUCCUGCCAAACCAAGACGGAGAGACAGUACUAGACGACGAAUGGUUCAGCAAGCGUAUCGAAGACUUCAAGGACGUACACAAGGAGCCACAAUUAGACAUUGUAGGCUGGUUUACCCUCGGUCCCGCCUCCGGUCCAGAACCCCACAUCCUGCCUAUCCAUUCGCGCAUAUCCGAAGUCUACACCGAGUCUCCGCUGCUCGUACUGUUCCACCCAGAAAAUGCUUUCUCCAAAGAAACCGCUGCCGGAAAGCUGCCUCUCACCGUCUACGAAUCCUUAUCCGUCAACACAUCGAGCGAUCCGAAUGACAAGGCUAUGGAUAUCGACGGGGCUGUACAGGCGAAGUCAACCAAGUUCAGAGAGCUAGUCUACUCGAUUGAGACUGGCGAGGCGGAAAUGAUCUCUGUCGAUUUCGUCGCGCGGGGUGGUGGCAACGCUACUGCAGUAGAAGGCACAGCAAACGUGGUCGGUGCAGCGCCGGAGCCCUCAAGAACCGAUGAGGUUACUGGGAAGCGGAAUACACGGGGAAAGCAAAAGGAGAAGGAGAAGGAGAAAGAAAAGGACGCGCCCAUCGACGAGUCGGUCAUCUUGAACGCCGACGAUGAAGAGGUUCUCUCUUCGCUUACAGCCAAGAUGAACGCCAUUCGCAUGCUCAGCCGACGAAUCAUGCUCCUGCGCGCAUACAUCGACUCGCUCCCAGCAUCGUACCUCUCCGACCCGUCCCUACCAGUCAACGCCGCGCCAGACGCGCAACAUCCCCUGCCUCUAGAUCACUCGAUUCUCCGCAGUGUAUCUGCCAUGCUCGCCCGCCUGAAUAUCCUUGGUCCGCCAGACUCAGCCGCUUUCUCGCUCGAGUCCCAGCAAGAAGCAUCUGAUGUGCAGCUAGUCAACCUGCUAUCAUCCAUUACAAACUCCGUCUCUCUAGCGAAGGAUCUCGGCCGCAAGAGCUCCAUCGUUGAACACGCCAAGACCCAGGGCAAGAACCGCAUGGGCGGGUAUGGCGGAGGUGGCAACUACGGCGGCGACGCCAACUUCUUCAAUACUGUCAUGAGCGGAGAUUCUGGUGGCGACAGGUGGUGA